AUGCUUGCUAGCAUUUCUGCAGGUUAUAAUUCCCUAUUUGGGAAUAAGGAGAGUUGUGAAAAUAUGGAAAAUUCUGACCAUAGUAACUCUAGCGAUACUGGGUUCAGUCAACCCUCAUGUACAUCGAAAUCGCCCAUGUCGUCACCGGAACUAUCAAGGGGAAUUCUAUCUCCAUCCACCUGGAGUUUUACUGAAGCUUCGUGUAGUAUGAUGCAAGGAGUUACCGCCGAGGAUACAUUUUUGGGUAAUACGUCAAAACAACUGUCGAUAAGUCCAGCUCAAUCACCAAAUAAUUCAAGAUCAAUGCCAAAUCAGUUGGAUACUCUUGACAUGAUCACGUUGGAUAAACGCUGCCGAUCAGCUGACUUCACAUUAACUGCGAUUGAGGACAUGAUUGAACGGCCGGAUAGUUUGAGAACUUUAGGAGAUGGCAGUAGUUCUUUCCCUCUUGAUUCACAACAGCGAAGUAUUUCUACAACCACCACUGCAAGCGAUCCUUCUAAUCACCGAGCUUAUGUGAUGGCCCUUGUGAAAAGACGCCGUGAAAUUGAGGAAGAUUUAGCGGAGCUAAACGUGAAGUUGCUGGAAUCCUAUCGUGAAGAAUGGAUUCUCACGGGUGUUGUUCCAGAGGGAUUUACUGAGAUCCAGUCUCGAGUGUUCGCAUUUGAUCCAAAACUGAAGACAACAUCCUUUCCCUUCACACUUCUCUUACCAAACAGCCAAUCAGCAUCGAAUUUCAAGCCCCCCAUUGCUGAUAAAUCAUCCAAAAUGAGCUUACAAUUGUCCUCCAGUGAAAGAGAUUCAGGAAUACAUAACUCGGUUGAGGAAAAUUCUACCGCUUUCAAUUGUAAGGAUUCUCUUACUUCCUCCUUUUCGUCCAUGAUGGCUGAUUCUUUCUACUUCAGCCAGAGUGAUGACACUUCUCUGCGAACUUGCAGUUUUAUUGAAAAUCCAGCUCGCGAAGCAAUAGUAAAGAGACUAGAGGAAGUAAAGAAUGAUUUUGCUGUUGUCAAUCAGAUCUAUCUUAUUCAUCGGCAGCGUGCUUUUGAGACAAACCAGUCGGCCUUUCGAAAGGCAUGCAAAUGCAAUGUACAGAAAUUGAAGGAAAUUCAACAAGAAAAGCGUGCUCUAGAGGCGAAGUUGCGAGAAAUUGACGGUGGUGAACGGCUCAGCUGCGCUGGUUGCUCAGGGCUGUCUAGGUCGACUAGUAUUUCUGUGAAAGAGGACUACUAUGUCCUCACCACACCAACAGCAGUGACUACUCUUCCAAGACGCAAGACUUUUCGUAUUCCCUCUCUCUCACAUAAUGGGACUCUGCGUCUUAGUAAGCUGAGAAAACGUCCUAGUUUGAAGCAGAUGGAAUUUGAAAAUACUCCUCAAACACCUAUCAUUGGUUCAGCAAAGCCAGUUAAAAAUGGCGGAUUAAAGCAUGUCCCAUCUAGUCUUAGGGGGCUCCGAUUCCAACUCCUUCCUGCUCGGCUUCGAAUGCCUAGAUCCCAGACGGUUGUACGAGAGGAUAAUCUUGAUUCCAUGUCUAAUUCGGACGUUAGAGAGGUUCCUUCUGUUAAUGGUUCCAGCAUAGUUCGACCAAGUUCAAUGUAUGCGACCGUCUGCUCAAGUCGAGUAUGCAAUUCCAUGGAUGAUGUGAGCAAAUCACAGCUUCAGAAACAUUUAUCAUCCUCGGGACCUAAUCUGCUUGAUGUGAAGGGAAUUGAACAGUUUGACAAUCUGGGAGAUAAGAUAAGUUCGAUGGGUCCAACUGAUGAUUUUGAAUUGACCAGUAUGUUUGGGGAUCUGAAUAUCUCAACAUCCGACGUUGCUCCCAAGAACACCACUUCCUCUCCCGCUGACUCCGAUGAACAGUCAACCUCAGGGGCAUUUUCAAUGGUAUCACAAGAAUUUUCCUUGUCAAGUGAAGCAGAAGUAUGUCUUCGUCGCCCCAUGAAAGUUGGCGCAGAGGAGUCGCCUAUUCGAUGCAUCUGCAGUUGUAUUUCCGAUCACGGCGGUGGGAAUUGCGACUGUUGUGAAGAGAGUUGGGAUGAUUCUAAGGGAAGUGAAGAGAAAUCUGAUAGUGGAGUUGGACAUGAGGAAGAAGAAAUUUCCACUCCAACACCAGUCAGAUCCAAAUUUCCCGUGAUUAUGCCAAGUAGGCAGCCUCGACGCAGUCUGAAUCCCUUCAAUUUACUUAGGACACACAGUGGGCGACGUGGACCCCUAUGGAAACGCUAG